AUGCCAUGGACGAAGUACAAUUUGUUUGGAUGGCGCGUAGAAACCCACAAGGUUGACCAUAUCGAAGUCUCUAAUAUAAGUCUCACCCGCACCCGCAUCAUCUUCAACCUUCCGGGUGGUUCGUUACGCACCCAUCUCUCACGGCAUCGUCGCCAUACGGGAGUUUAUCUUCAACACAGGCUGUGCCACCAUUCGUUUACCACUUCAAGUGCCUUUACGUUCAUUCACCUCACGUCCAGCACCUCAACUACAAUGAGACAAACCUUCGCCUCCGCUCUCGCGCUGCUGAGCGUCCCCCUGGCUUCGGCCCACUACACCUUCGAUCAGCUGGUCCACAACGAUGUGCUCGUCGGCAGGCCCUGGGAGUACAUCCGCCAGCACGACCGCGGCUACAUGCCCACCUUCCAAGCCGAGGCCGCCACGAGCAACGACUUCCGCUGCAACCUGAACGCCCUCAGCGGCGAGAACACCGACGUCUUCACCGUCAGGGUCGGUGACAAGCUCGGCAUCAAGAAGGCGUUCGGCGAGGGCGGCAUGGAGCAUCCCGGCCCCGUGCAGGUCUAUAUGUCCCAGGCUCCCGAUUCGGUACGGUCCUACGACGGCUCCGGCGACUGGUUCAAGGUCUUCCAGGGCCUGGUGUGCCGGAACCGCGGCGCCGAGGGCUUCCUCAACGACAACUGGUGCAUGUGGUCCGAGAACACCAUCAGCUUCGAGAUCCCCGACGUCCCUGAGGGCGAGUACCUCGUCCGUGCCGAGCACAUUGCCCUCCAUGGCGCCCAUGACAACAAUGCCGAGUUCUACUACGCCUGCGCUCAGGUCAAGGUUGAGGGCAGCACCGCCGCGUCCGUCGAGGGCCCUACCGUCAAGAUCCCCGGCGUGUACAGCGUCGGCGACGCUCCUCACAACUUUAAUAUCUGGAACGGUCGGCUUACCAGCUACCCCCUUAUCCCUGGCCCGGAUGUCAUCGCUGGCGGCCAGAUUCGCGGCAACGCUAAUGGUUCUUCGGACGGGAUUGUUGUUGUUGAGGGUGUCCUGUCACCUCAACCCGAGCCCCAGCCUGAACCCUCGCCCGAACCUUCUCCUGAGCCCGAACCGGUGCCGACCGAAUCCGUUGAGCUUCCUCCCACCCCCACUCCCUCGGCUGAGCCUUCCGAUGUCCCCGUUUCGCCCCCGGAUGCGACCUCGGACUCCCCGAGCGAGCCCACCCCGACCCAAUGCCCUUCUCGCCGCCGUCGCCGCCGCCGCUCUGGUCGCAAGUCCGUCAAGCGAUCCAGCCGCAAGGUUCGUUCCCUACUUGCGCCUGUUGUACCAAUAUGUCUCCACUUCCGUGUCCAUGGGAAGACGGAUGUUGGAAGUCAAGUAUUCCAGUGCUCAUGUUACGAGGAUUCUAAGUGGACGGCUUCUCACGAGACGAUCCCCUCAUAUCUCGGUCAGUUUCCCAUCCUGGUAGGGAGACUGCUUAUCAGGGUCAAUUCGGUGCUUCCCGCGCCUCAAACUGCCCAACUCCCCGCAUGGAUCAAGUUAAAAUGGGCCGGGCCAUCCGUCAAGCACAGUCACCCAAUGAAUGAAAUGCGGCUUCUUAUUGAAAACCGGUUGAGGUAA